GCCGCACAAAGCUAUUCCAGUAUUCUUUGGUGGGCCUUUUUGCAAGCCGAGGCACCUCGCCACUGCUCAGCUCCCAGCGGACAUGGAAGGGGCAACCACCGGCAGCUUGUGUGCCCAAGGCCCCUUGGGCAGCGCUGUCGCCCGGGCAGCGACGCCCCAGGAAGAGGAGGAGGAGGAGGAGGAGGAGGAGGAGGAGGAGGAGGGAGCAGGAGGACCCCAGGGUGGCCGGGCGCCGCUCGCCCUGCGGAGCUCGCGGGCUGGAUUCGGGCGGCCUCCGGGUUGCGGAGGGAGGGGGGGCCUGUCAUGGACGAAGGGCGGGGGGAGGAAGGCGGCAAGCAGGCAUGCAGCAACGGCAAGCAGGCAAGCAGACGGGCUGGCCGCCCUGCCCCGGAAGCGCCUCCCCGCUGGUGCGGCCGAGGCCGACGCGGGACAGGCCGAGGGGCAACUGGCGGCAACAGAAAUGACAAGAUGGGCAGCCGACCCCUCUGCGGCCCGUGAAACCAGCCAAUGCUCGGGCUGCCGCCGGCUUGCUCAGCCUCGUCGCCCUCUGUCUACGCUGCGGCCACCCGGAGGCGGCAACCGCAGGCACCUCGGGCCUGGCUCCAGCGGCUUGCUGGUCAGGCCUUUAGCCUGGCUCGGAUCUGCGCCACCACCCCACGCGCUCGCCUCGGCAUGCUCGCGGCCGUCGCAGCCAACACCGAGGGGAGGGACGCGGAACGGAGGGGCGAGAGGGGACGAGAAUGAGAGGGGGACAGAGGAGUACAGCUGCGGCAUGGCCUUGACCGCGCUCAGGAGAGAACUUCGGCGGCUCGAGAGCCAAUGGCCGUCGCACGCAGCGUGUGCCAUGCGCCAUCGACGCGCCUGCUGGGCCUCGGCUCAGGGAGUGCAGGCAGAUGGAGAUGAUGACUGA